AAUGCGCGGUUUUUAGCGACCUUUACACCGGAAACAUUACGUUAUCACGUUAUUGUAAACGCAGUGUACUUUUGGAGGUGAGAGUGGUGCAUCCGAUGCAACAUUAAAAUGUCAAAAAACAGUAAAAUAGUGUUGGUUUUCGGAGGUUUCGUAACGGCUGUCGCAGCUGCGUUUUACCCCAUAUUUUUCUACCCGCUCACCCAUAAAGAUGAGUACAGAGAAGUCCAAAAGGUGAACCGGGCAGGAGUCAACCAGGCAGACGUUCAACCCGUAGGUGUGAAGAUAUGGUCUGAUCCAUUCAAGCCUGCAGGAAAAUGAUGUCCAGUGGCGCUUUACAUAUUCCACACUCUGCUGCUGCUUAAGACUUUGAACAGAGAACACCUUUUUGAUGAGUGCUUGGUGUGCAUGUGAGUGAAUGAAUGCUGUCCAAAAUGCGUGUUUUGGUUAUGAUGUGAUAAAUUAAACCAUAUUAAUAAAGUUUAAAGCUCUUAUUCCUAAAUCAUGCCUCUUUAAAUGACCUGUUAAUGUAAGUAUAAGUGUGAGACAAGAAAUAUAUGGUUAACUUUCUACCACAGUUCACUAAUCUUUCAUAUUUCCAAAAAUAUUAGAUGAUGUGCUGUUAGUUUUCUUUUGUCCACAAGGCGGCGCUCCAUCCCUAUCUGUUGAUACAGAAGGCACUGGACUGUGUGAUGUUUUGUUUGUGCAUCUUAGAUAUUUUGGAAAAACUCUAGUAUUUCCAAAAGCCUUGCUCUGGUAUGCAGCCUGUAGGAAAUUAUAAUAAAAUACAGUGGUUUGUUUGCCCAUCCUA